ACUUUUUUUUUUACUAGCAACGUAGCUAGCUAGCUGACUGUGGAGAAAGCACACAACCGAGGGGGAAACAAUUAAGAACAGCCGAACCAUGAGCAGCCAAAGCUCCCGAAACGAGACGACGGCCGCGGUGAACGGUCCCGACCCGGCCACGGCGAGCUCCAGAGAGCGGAAACACGGCGGCGGCGGCGGGGUGGUGAAGAGGCUGAAAUCUCGGCGGAGCGCGGCGGAGCGGCGGCCCGUGACCGAGGACGAGCUGCGGGCUUCAGGCAGAGCCAUCACCCCGGAGGAAGUGCUCGCGCUCCGGACUGUCACGCGCGACUACCUCUGCAAACCUGAGGACAAUAUCUACAGCAUCGACUUCACACGCUUUAAGAUCCGGGACCUGGAGUCCGGCACGGUGCUGUUCGAGAUCGCCAAACCCCCUCACUGCGAUGUUGAUGAUGAAGAUGAAGAAAAUGUUGACGUAGACACGAGUACUGGACGAUUCGUUCGAUAUCAGUUCACACCGGCAUUUCUUAAACUUCGCACAGUCGGAGCCACCGUGGAGUUCACCGUAGGAGAUCGGCCCGUGAAUAAUUUCCGGAUGAUCGAGCGUCAUUAUUUCCAGGAGCGUCUGCUGAAGAACUUCGACUUUGACUUUGGCUUCUGCAUACCCAACAGCCGCAACACAUGUGAGCACAUCUACGAGUUCCCCCAGCUCCCGGACGAGCUCAUUGGUCAGAUGGUGGAUCAUCCGUACGAGACUCGCUCAGACAGCUUCUACUUCGUGGACAACAAACUGAUCAUGCACAACAAAGCAGACUACGCUUACAACGGGGGUCAAUGAUGCUGCUGACCCAGGACCAGGUCACUCUGUGUGUGUGUGUGUGUGUGUGUGAGUGUGAGUGUGAAUGUGAUGUCACAAUUCCAUUCCUUUACCACAACCAUCAUCACAUCAUGGACUUCUGCUGAAUGAAGGCUCUCUUUCCUCCAUCAUGAUGAUAAAACUAAAACUCCUCUCUUCAUAUCAGCUCGUCUUUUCCCCAAAGUUUUGUUUCAUCUGUCGAUUAUAAACCUCGAGUUUUUUCCCCAAAGCGAACAGAAAGCAGAGAGAAGUUGUAAUGUACUCCACACACACACACACACACACACACACACACACACAGGAACACUGACUCUCACUCAGAAGGUGUUGAUUAGUUCUCUGUAACUGCAGCUCUCACAGUAACACAGCUUAAUAUUGAGGCGCUCGUUUCCAUAGUAACAUCUCACACACAGAGACCAAUAAUGAUUAGAGUAAAAAAGGGUUAAAUAUUUAUAUAGUGGUGUAAUCGUUUAUAUGGUGCAGUGUCCUGUAAGGAGAUGUGUGUGUGUGUAUAUGAUGUGUGUGUGUGUGUGUGUGUGUGUGUGUGAGGAUUCUUCAGAGUCAGUGGUGUGUGAGUGUGUGUGAUCUGUGUGUGUAUAUGAUGUGUGUGUGUGUGUGUGUGAGGAUUCUUCAGAGUCAGUGGUGUGUGAGUGUGUGUGAUCUGUG